AUGGACUAUGCUCAAAAUGUUCACAAAUUUAAGGCAGGCUUACCUUCUCUUAUUGGAAAAAAUAACUUCAUGUUGGCUGAAAUAUCUCGAACUAGUAAAGAAAUAUUUGAAUAUGCUUCCAAGUUUAUGAAUACAAAUAAUAAUUCAAAUAAGUGCAUUCAGGAUGCUCCAAAAUUAGCUCAUGAUUUUUCAUCUGGUAAAAAGGUUAAUGUUAUCCAUUGUGAUCAGCCAAUGCUAACAGAAACCCUCUCACAAAUAUUGGGAAAUUUAGAACUCAAAGGGAAAAAUACUGGUGAUGUAGCUAUUUUAACAGGGAAGAAAAAAGAUGCUAAUAAAGUUGCAAAUGAUAUUUUGCCACAAAUUGAUAAAGCUGAUUUAACAGUAGAUUCAGUUAAAAGAUUUAGUGGUUUAAGUCGUUCUGUCAUAAUAGGCUUAAAUCCGGAUAUUAAUGAUAAUCAUGGUGAUAUUAAUAAAUUUAUUGUUAAUUUAGCUACCAGAGCUCAAGACAAUUUAGUUAUUAUAACUACAAAUAGUGAUUUAGUUAAGAAAUUACAGAACUUAGUAAUGGAGGAUGUUAUUCAACUCACGAAAGAAUUCCAUCCAAACUUGUCAGCAACUCAAAUGAGUCUAUUAAUGUCAAAAUAUGAUGAAAUUGGUGUAAAAAAUGUUGAAACUUUAAAAUAUUUGAGUGCCGAGGAUAUAAGUGAUAUAAUGAAAAUAAUCCAUGAUCGUAAAUUCGUAUUAGACAUAAGAAGAAAGAUUGACAGAAAUGACGAGUGCCAGGCCGGAAAGAGGCCAACUGAAUAUUUGAGACGUGAAGCGAUUCGGAUCGUAGUAGAUAGCAUUAGAGAAGAAAAGAAAAAACUUACCUCUAGAGAUAUGCACAUUAUUGCAUCAAAGUUUGUUGACAAAUUCAAGGAUGCCCUAGGCGACAAUGUAUUGGGGAAAAUAAUUGGCUCUUAUCUUAUCAAAUAUCGUAGAACGCUUUAA